AUGAGAGCGCUGACGGCCAAGUACCACGUGCUGACAAAAAAUAUCUUCGAAAGCAACCCCACUCGAAGGAGGAAAGUGGAACAAAGGGGACUGAAAAAAUUCCUAUUCACGUCGUUCAUUUUUUUCUGUUCGCCAUCCAUGGAAAAAGUUAUAGGGACUCAUUCGGGGCGUUUCCAUACGGACGAAAUAUUAGCCACCGUGAUGUUAAAGUUUUUACCAGAAUAUAAGGAUGCGAAAAUUAUUAGAACCCGUGACCAGCAGAAGCUGGACAAGUGUGACGUGGUGGUUGAUGUAGGAGGAGUAUACAACCAUGAAAAAAAAAGGUAUGAUCAUCACCAGAAAGAAUUUAGUGGAACUCUAGAUGACAAGCAUGACAUAAGACUAAGCAGUGCAGGACUAAUUUACAAACACUAUGGAAAGGAAGUUUUUAGAAAAGGAUUUGGUAUAACAGAUGAAGAGAAGGUGAAUACACUUUAUGAUAAAGUAUACAGCGCCUUUAUUGAAUCUGUUGAUGCCUUGGAUAAUGGAAUAAAUCAGUACGAAGGAGUUGCCAAGUAUCAAAUUAAUACUAACCUACAACAUCGAGUGAAUAGAUUCAAUCCUAAUUUUCUUGAAGAGGAAACUGAUGUUGAUGCCGACGAACGCUUUAUGUCAGCUGCAAAAAUUGUUAAAGAAGAAUUCGUGCACUUUGUAGACUAUUACUCUAAUGUAUGGUACGCAGCGAAAAGUAUUACCUUAGAAGCAGUAAAGGACAGAUUCAAUUUUCACCCAUCCGGAAGAGUUAUCUUCUUGAAUAGACAUUGCCCCUAUAACGACCAUGUGUAUGACAUUGAAGAGCAACUAAACAUAAAGGAUGAAAUAUUUUUCUGCAUUUACCAUGACAGAUAUCAGGAAUGCAGAUGCGGAACCAUUUCCAAGAAGAAUGAAUCUUUCGCCAUUAGAUUGCCCUUUCCCAAAAGCUUUAGGGGUCUACAAGGUGAGGAACUGGAAAAGGUUUCCAACAUCCCGGGACUAUCCUUUGUCCACUAUUCUGGAUUCACUAGUGGAGGGAAAAAUGUGGACUGCCUGUUGAAGUUGGUGGAAGCGACUUUGAAGGAAAACAACAUUUCCUUCUAA